AUGGAGGCUCUCCGCCAGCAGGUCGGGCGUCUGGAUGCCUACCUUGCCGACUCCAAGUUCGGCCGCCUUUUCCGCCUUGACGGCUCCGGCCAUGCCGACGAGAUUCGGGACGCUCGCUUUGUGACUGAGGUGCGCGCCGGCGUGACCACCUUUUUCACCAUGGCCUACAUCAUUGCCGUCAACGCCACCAUUCUGACCGAUUCUGGCGGCACAUGCGAGUGCCGCGAUGUCCUCGACCCGACGUGCGCCGCCGACUCGGAUUACCAGGUAUGCCUGGUCGGCUUACAUCGGGAUUUCAUCACCGCCACCACUGCCAUCGCCGCUUUCGCCUCCUUCUUCUUCGGUCUCGUCACCAACUUGCCCGUCGCCUUGGCAACCGGCAUGGGCCUCAAUGCCUACUUCACCUAUCAGGUCGUUGGCUUCCAUGGCACCCGCCAUAUUCCGUAUGGCUUGGCUUUGACCGCCGUCUUCGUCGAGGGCUUCAUCUUCGUUCUCUUGUCUCUUCUGGGAAUGCGUCAGUGGCUGGUCCGCAUGCUCCCAAACUCCUUGAAGGUCGCCGCUGCCUGUGGCAUUGGUCUUUUCCUCGCCGAGAUAGGACUAUCGUAUAGUGCGGGAAUCGGCGCCAUCUCCGGCGCCAGCGCUACCCCCUUGGAUCUGGCCGGGUGCCAGCCCGAGUACAGGGACGAGUUUGGAGAGUGCCAGAGCCACAGGAUGCAAAACCCUACCUUAUGGAUCGGCGUUUUCUGCGGUGGAGUCCUAACUGCCUAUCUUAUGUCGUACAAAGUGAAAAGCGCCAUGAUCAUCGGAACCUUGGUCGUGUCCAUUAUCUCUUGGCCACGCGGGACUUCGGUCAGCUACUUCCCGUACACUCCCGACGGUGACAGCAAGUUCGACUUCUUCAAGAAAGUCGUGUCUUUCCACCCAAUUGAGCGCACUCUCAAUGCAUUGGACUGGAACAUUUCACGAGCGCCCAGCGAGUUCAUCCUGGCCCUCUUUACUUUCCUCUAUGUCGACAUCAUCGACUGCACCGCCACACUGUACAGCAUGGCCCGUUUCUCCGGUGUAGUCGAUGCGUCAACAGGCGACUUCCCCCGCUCGACCGCCGCCUAUUGCACCGACGCCUUCAGUAUUAGCGUCGGUGCCCUCUUCGGCGUCAGCCCCGUGACCGCCUUCAUCGAGUCGGGCGCCGGCAUCGCUGAGGGCGGCAAGACAGGGCUCACAGCCAUGACGACAGGUCUCUGCUUCUUCGUCUCCCUCUUCUUCGCCCCUAUCUUCGCGUCCAUCCCACCGUGGGCGACGGGCUGCACCCUCGUCCUAGUCGGCGCGAUGAUGGCGCGCCAGGUUGUCGCCAUCAACUGGCGCUACAUCGGCGACGCCUUGCCCGCCUUCGUCACCAUCAUCUUCGUGCCCAUGUCGUACAGCACCGCGUACGGCCUCCUCGCGGGGAUACUCACCUACGUCGCCAUCAACAUCCCCAUCGCCCUCACGCGCCGUCUCUCCCGCGGCCGCAUCGUCCCCGCCGACGACGACGCCCGCGAGUACUGGAGCUUCAACCCCGGCGGCGGCGCCGGGCAGCAGCCGUGGUUCAUCGGUGCCAUCGGCAACGCUCUCGCCCGCGUCGGCCGUGGCGGUCGCGGUGACAACAAGACUCGCGAGGUGCUCGAGUCGUGCGACUCGCACGAGCAGAAACAUCAGCAGAACCACGCCCACCACCGUGCCUUCGGCCACUCCAUCGACAUCAAGUUCGGCGAUGACGACUCCAUCCGUAGCCACAGCCACGGACGCCACGACAGUCGCGGCGGCGUGAGCUACCCCACGAAGACGCAUCUCGGUGUCGAGAUGCAGCGCGUGGUGCCGGGGUUCGCCGGAGACGAGCCGCAUGUUGAACGCUUCGAUCUGCGCCAGUUCCGCGUCGCGCCGCAGCAGAAUCGCCGCUGA